GGACAACCGAAAGACACCACGGGCGGCAGCAGCAGGGCCAUCGGCAUGGCGUGCAGGGCGUGUCGGCAGCGCAAAAUCCGGUGCGGCGGUGAGCGGCCGCGGUGCAUGUACUGUGUCAAAAAGGGCUAUGAGUGUUUAUUGACUCCGCACAAGAAACGCGGCAGACCGAGGAAG